GAAUGGGCUGAGUGGCCAGUCUCCGACUCGGUCGGUAACGCUCUCGCCGAAGCCGCGCAGGCAUUGACGGUCACCUCGAAGAAGCUGGCAGGCCUUGCGCAGUCGAGAGGCUUCUACCAGACUAAGGGCGUCCCCGCUUCUUCUGGCAAGGGCAAGAAGGGCUUUCCUUCGUCCGGAAAGGGCAAGGGCAAGCAGGGCAAACCAGGCACGAAAGGCAGUGGCAAGUCGAAGGGCAAGGGGCGCGGCAAGUUGGACGCUCAAUCUGCCCUCCAGCAACAGAGACUCCAAGGUAGUCUGUGCCUGGGCUGCGGCUCUGCAGAUCACUGGCUUAGAGACUGUCCCAACUUCAACGUGCAGAACGCUCAGCUGGCGUCAGCCAGCUUGCCUGGGGUUUGUUUGGAUGCCGACGGGGCGGUCGAGAUUCACUCCAGCUGGACAACCUCCUCGAGCGCCAUCGACCCGGCCCCAUCGGACGUUCAGAUGCUUCAUGUCGCUAUGCCGAGCAAAAAGAAGGUUUACUUCCAGCUUCCUCCGCUUCAAGACUUUGAGCCCAAAAUCGCUAGAUCUCCUAGUGUUCUACUGCAGUACUGCGAAGGACCUUGCUCGGCAUACAUCAUAGCGGACACUGGAUGCCAGCGUCAAGUAGCAGGCCAAGCGUGGCACGACCAGAAAGCCCAGGAAAUCCGUCCCCUCAAGAGGCUUGAGUUCCCCGACAAGUGCAAGUUCUCGUUCGGUCCGAGUGCUCCUGUCACUUCUGUUGGUCGACAUGUGUACCCGGUGGCCAUUGCAGGUGUCCAGUUCAGUUUGUCGGUGAGUGUGGUCGCCGCCAAGGCACCUCCGCAAUGGCUGGUUCGUUGGCGAGCUCUACUACAAGGCCUCCUGGGCUUCGUGAACAGCGUCCAACAAAUGGUGCUGCUUUACUCAGUCACUCCGGACCUCGUCCUGCGGAACUAUGGGGUCCCGUCGACGGCUACCUCAGUGCUGAGCACGGUGGGAGCCAUAGCGGCUCAGACGGCCCUGACGAACCAGUCCUACAUGAAGAAGCCGGACCAAUGCAGCCAUCCCUCAGGACUGCGAGCGUACGGAGGCGGGGGCACCAAGGUGAGGAUUUGCGACGUGUGCGGUUCCCGAUGGGUGGUGAUGCCGAAUGGCAAUCAGGUGCCUGCGACUCCCAAGGCCUCACCUCAAGCAAAAACCCCGCUCGACCUUCCGGAGAGAGUGGUCCAAGCGCUGCGCAGGGAGCGAGAGAGCAAGAAGCCCAAGGCCAAGGCCGCAAGCGGAAGCCACCAGUACGACAACGAGGACCUCGGUGCAGCGUACCCCGCCUCCUUGCGUCCCUCCUCAACAUCCUGGCGGGGAUCUGUUCGGGCUCCUCCGGCGGCUAUGGCUAUGAGACGAUCCUCUCCGACGCGACUGACGGCCCGUGCGAAACCCACGGCUCCUCCACCUCCGAGUCAGCGUCGAACAUGGAUGGGAAGCCCACCGGCAUCGGACACGGACCGCAUGAGUGUGGACAGACGCAGUGCGGGAACUUACGAUCAGGAUUGGGCAAAUUGGGAGGAGCCAAACUUCUUCAUGGACAACCGCGACCAGCUGGAAGGCUCCGAGGGCAGCCAGUUCGAUCCCAACGACCUGAUUCCGGACGACGAGUAUAUCUUGGAUCAGGAAACCCGCUCUCCCGACGAGCCCCUUCUACCGGAUGACCGCGGUGCCUUUUCUGUGAAGCCGGGCAUGAUCAAGCGUGUCCUAGGAAAUCAAAGGGCAGUGCGGUCUAUGUGGUUGGUAGAACAGGAGGUGUACCUGAACCGUGCCAGGCGGGCGCGCUCUAUGCGCAACUUCCGCUCGGACCUCCUCGAGAUCUACGGCGGCAAUGCGGAGAUCACCGCCCAGGCUCUUCGAGUUGGACUUCGAGCCUUACAACCGGUUGAUAAGGUGUAUGGCUGGGAGCUACGGCGCAAGAGCGACUACGACCAGCUGGAGAACCUCGUCCUUCGACAUCGGCCUUACCUCCUGGUCUAUGAGAUUCCUUGCACCGCGUGGUCCAACAUCCAACCUCGUGAAGAACUACAAGUGUUGCGGGACCAACAGGACCAGGCCAUCAAGCGAAUGGUCCACUUGAUCCAGAAGGCCAAGUCUACCUACGGAGGACAUUUUCUUCUCGAGAACCCGGCAUACACCGACUUCUGGAAGCACCCAGCCGUUCAAAGACUGCGCCAAGUUCCUGACGUGAGUUUCCAAGUUGGGUGCAUGUGUGCCUUCAAUCUGAAGGACGCUUCGGAACGGCCCCUCAAGAAGCCGACGGGGUGGAUGACCGAUCUUCCUCGAGUCUUGGAACGAGUAGCCCUACCAUGCAGCUGCGCACCGGAUGCCCAUGGCCAAGUUCUUGGCGGAAACAGCCAGCGAGCCCAGGUCUAUACCAAGGAGCUCGCGGAAGCGGUGGUGCGUGGUGUACAAGAGUCCCUGGCAGCGGAUGGUGAUGAGCGAAUGAACAAGGCCACGGACGAGAACUAC